AUGUCUUCCUCAGCGACACCAGGCGAACAUCAUGCCGGCACACACGCCGUGAUCCCCAACCAGAAGAAUGAAGCCAUUCUCAUCGGAAUGCGAGAUGGCGUAACGGGUCAAUUUCGUGUUGUACCCCGAGAGCAGGCUGUUGUCUCUGUCUUUGACUCAAACUUCCUCAUUGGUGAUGGCAUUUGGGAAGGUAUUCGCGCCAAGCGAGGCAAGGUCCAAUUUGCCAGCGCGCAUCUCAACCGUCUCUUCCAGGCUGCAAAGGCCAUGCACAUGGAUCUAGGACUCUCAAAGUCACAGCUGUUGGGCCUGAUUCACGACACACUUGACGCGAAUGCCAUGGGCGACGAAGAGCACGUGCACAUGCGGCUCGUCGUGUCGCGCGGGCUCAAGUCAACGCCGUACCAAAGCCCAUCAGUAAAUAUUGGGCUGCCGCUCAUUGUCAUCAUCCCCGAGGUCAAGGCCACGGACCCGGCCACCCACUCGCGGGGCUUGCGGUUAGGCACGACUUGGGUGCGCCGCGGGUCGCCCGACGUCAAGGACGAGCAGUGGAACCACAUCUCAAAGGCGACCGACGUGCAAGCUUGCGUACAUGCUGGCGUUAUGGGAGUGGACGAGGCGCUAAUGCUGGACCAGCGCGGCUUCGUCAAGACGUGCAAUUCUGUCAAUUUCUUCAUCGUGCGCGGGUCCGAAGUCUGGACUGCCACCAAGGACAAUCAGAUGCAGGGUGUGACGCGGCAAAAGACCAUUGACGUUUGUCGCGCUCACGGCAUCGUCGUGCGAGAGCUCGACUUUGCCCUGACCGAGGUCUAUGGCGCCGACGAGGCCUUCUGCACUGGCACCUUUCCUUCGCAGAUCCACGUUGUACAAAUUGACGGUCGCGUCAUUGGCGACGGGCAACGGGGUCCAGUAACAGAAAAGAUUGCUCAGUUGUAUGCGGAGAUGGUCAAGGCGGAUGUGGGCAGAUCGAGGGAGGAGAUUGUGGCAGAAGUGGAAGCGCCGCGAGACUUGAGCUUUCUCAAUGGCAUUUGA